GGUGCUGAAGCUGCGCGUGCCUCGGAGGUUGCUCCCAUAGAAAUCCACACGAGCAUCCUUCCGCGAGACGAGAGGACCAGAACAACGUCGUUUCAGCGGGCUCCUCCAGCCUUAUUUGUCCUUUAAGGCUUCCAGAUUUAUUCGGUUAAUCUUUCAAGCACAAUUUAACAAGGAAACGUUUCUGAAGCCGUUUUCUGGGCUUGUUUUCGAGGCUCCUCGUCCCCUCCGUACCGCAUCCUUUAUGCACAGCACGCUGCUCCGGUCCUCCCCAACAAAACACCCGUUCGUGUCCGAGCACCAUGGCCCGCUCCCGGCGCUUUCACUGAGAGAUAUGGAAGCCAAACAGCACCAGAUAAAGAGCAUAAAAAGCUACCCGGAGACCGGUGGCCGGAGCCUGGCAGCGGCCGCCGGAGUUGACAGCGGCGGCGGCGGCGGGUAUCGAGCCGGCUCAGCUGAAGCGGAGAUGGAUGUAAAGAUCCAGAAAGCCAUCGACUUCAAGGUAGAGGGUCACCGCUGCUAUAAGGAGAAGAAAUUCCGGGAGGCGAUCGGCAAGUACCACCGGGCGCUGCUGCAACUCAAAGGGGUGCAUGUUGUUGACGGGACGACGGGCUCCGAGGUCAACCUGCUGAACCAAGCGGCGGCCAAGCUGACCGAGGAGCAGCGGAGAACCGUGGAGAGCACCGAGAUCGAGUGCUACGACAGCUUGACAGCGUGCCUGCUGCAGUCAGAGCUGGUGAACUAUGAGCGGGUGAAGGAGUACUGUCUGAAGGUGCUGAGCCAUCAGAGAGACCACUUCAAGGCCAUGUACCGAGCCGGCAUCGCCUUCUAUCACCUGGGUGACUACGAAUGUGCCCUGCGCUACCUGCGUGACGCCAAGAACCGUGAACCCACAGACACCAACGUGCUGCGGUACAUCCAGCUGACGGAGAUGAAGAUGAGUAAGAGCGGACAGCGGGAACGAGAGAGCGGCAAAGAGACCCAGGGCUGACGCUCGACCUUUCCACCCUCCCUGCCCCUCGACUUUUGACCCUCCAAGCAGUCCCUACAUCAACCCCCCCUUCUCUCUCUCUCCACCUCCUUUAUCGACUCCUGACAGCAGCACAGCCCCGCAGACAGAAGAGACAGACCCAAACACCCGCCAGCGAUGGGAAACAACGGGAGACAUAUCAAAAGCCGUCUGCAAACCGACGUCCUCUUUCCUUCUCUUUCCUCUUCUUCUCCCUCUUCCUCCCUCUGGUGCUGUGCUUCCUCUCCCUCGAUACAGACAGUUGUGCAAACAUCAAAAAAACAUCAAAAAACAAGGAAAAUGCUGUAUUAUACUCAUACGAAACAGUCAAUGUGGUGGAAUGACAAAGGAGCUUCAAACAUACAUAUGAAUAAUGGACAUUUGCGUGAUUUAGUUCAUGUUUUAAAGACAUAAGAUGCAUUUUGUUUCUGCUUUCUUGCUCUCUCUUUCUCUCUGCCUUCUCUCUCCGUCGUAUCUUGAACUCUUGAGGAGAAUAUCAGGGGGGUGGGAAGCUUUACCACGCUGGGAGGAGGGCAGGGGACCAUGAGGAGUGUGUGUGACACAUAUCAAGACCAUAGCCCAAAUUUGAUUGUACAUCCCUCUUCUCCGACAGGGCUCACUCAGACCCCUUACCCACACUUUGGGACAGACUAACACCAGAAAUCUUUCAUCCAUCGCUCUUCGUUUGACUCUUUCUUUCCUGAAUUUCCUGAAUUUGUGGACAGUUUUUUCUUUUGAUUCAAGGGCUAAUUCAAUUGUUUCUGUUUUUAGAGAUAUUAUUUGGCUUUGUGCGGUCAUUUUGUAGUAAGUAAUGGAUAUUUAUAGCAUCUGUGCGCGCAGCACAACGACACAAUCCUCCAGCAGUUCCUGCUGUUACCAGGUGUGGUCAUGUGGAAACUUCUGUCUUGAAUCUGUCGCCCCUCCAAAGUCAUGUGUCGAUGUUGAUGUUGUUCAGACUAUCGAAGCCCCUCCCUCCUUUCCUCCCUUCCUCUCUGUUCUCCUGUUGAUGAUGUCACUUCGGAAAAUAGCCAAUGGGAUCGUGUUCCAUCAACCGCAGUUGGCUGGAUGGAAAUCACUCUAAAGUUUUGCACCGAGAAACGCUUUAUGAUUUCUAAACGGAGGUCCAACCUUUUAUGGCUAAUGCUGAAGGUUUCCCAGACAUCGAUAACACACCGUGGAGUCUUAGUGCAGGGAAAACAAUCACACACGUCGGCCCUGGGCCCUGGCAGACUACACCGCCAUGUUUAAGCACUCAGCUUUAGUGCUCUUUAACAAGAGUGUGCCAUUUGAGAUUUCCUCCUCCUUACUUUAUCUAUGUUUGAAAAUUGCUCCCAGCAUAGCGAUGUUAGGACAGAGAACACAGCGUUUAGCGUUAGACACCACUAUGAGGAUACGGUUUGUGGAUGUACGUGGCUAGCUGUCAAAAGAUACAUGAAUCAUUUGCUGCCGCUUCUCUUGUGACUUGUGAAGCCAUUGAUAAUGCGAACAUUGCUUUUAAGAUAGCUUUACCACAGGCUGUUCCGCGGAAGGUUGGAUUGACGAUUUGUGAAAGCAUGACCUGAAUUCCCCUCUCUCUGAUGCCAUGAGAAUGUUUCCCCUCUUGCAUGUGAUGUGCGGCUGCUGAGAGUUACUUCAGAUGUAUGGGACAGGGAUUAUAUCUGCUCUAUUGCUUUCCAUCAUGGCAUGCCGCUACACUGUUUGCUCAUGCCUCGAUUUUAGCAUUCUGCCCUUUAUAAACACAGAAGGUGGUGACAGCCUGUGAUUGCAACAUCAGAAGAGGUAUCAAAUAAAUCUAGAAAUCAGUCCUUAAUGAAAUAGGGUCACCUUCUGCCUUGGCCAAGGUGAGAAAUAAGAGGUAAUCCCUCUGCUUAGGAAAUUCAAAAAAAGGGAUGGAAGAGAAAAUCAAAGAAAUAUGCUGUGGAAGAUUUCCCCUCCCCAUUUUUCCAGUGACCUGCAAGGAGGUAAAUAGGUACCUAAGUGUGUCAAUGGGACUCUGGAGAGACGGCACCAUAAGUUGAGGAGACCGGCAUGAUGCAGAGAGGCUCCAGUGGAGGGAGAAGUAGGCCAUCAUUAGCCCCAGUGAAGCAGCUGCAGCAGAGACUCGAGAACACAAACAGAAAAGAGAGCAGAGAGUUUUUAAUAACCAAGUAUAACAAGGCCGAGCAUAUAGACUUAUUGAUGAAGAGCCAUCUGCCUGGAACAGGAUGGGUCAAGAAAUGAUGGGAGUGAUGAAGGCACGGCCAGCAGCUUGUUAGCUUAGCACAAAAAGGGUAAACAGAGGGAACAGCGAGACUGGCUCCGUCCAAAAACAACCAAAUCCACGUUCCAGAACCUCAAAAGCUAAAAAAUGAACACCAUUUAAAAUCUAAGUAAAAUCUGUAUUAAUAGCAAGCAGCAACCCUCCGGUCUAAAAAUAUGAGUCCAAUGCAGAAGUGCUAAAAACUGCAGUUCAUCGAGGAUCCACUUGAGGCUGGCUCCAGAAGUACCGGAGACCACAUACACACCAAUUCAAAAAAGCAGAUCUUUACAGCAGAAAUAAACAUGUAUACAGCCUGGUACAAAAGACCAGUGUAGUAUGGAUGGCUCAUUUCUCGGGUGAAUUUUUUUCUAACUCAGCAACUUCGAAGUUAUUGAGAUUACGAGUCUUCUAAUGAGAGGCACAGCUGACUUGAUUGGUAGGCAGGAACACUGUAGCUGUUGGCUAGGAGGCUCAAAGCCCGCCUCUUUACGUCACAAGCAGUGUGUGCAGCAAUAUGGCUGCUGCCGCCAAUUGGCCUCAAAACAGCACUUCAGAAACAGAUGGGUGACGUCACGGAUACUACGUCCAUAUUUUAUACAGUCUAUGAUUAAUACACAAGAUUAAUGAGACAUUUAAUGAAAUCUGUUUUUAAACUUUUUCACUUAAGGUGUCCUAGUUCUUGCCGAAUUAAACAAAUCUGGUUCUGAUUACCGGACAGUGACUGGACAAGUGCCCUUAACUUAAAAUAAUAUCUCAGAGAACAAAUCAUAAGUCGUCUUAAGCAAUUAUCCCACUCAAAAAAGCGUGUGAUUAUGAGUCAGAGAUUUAAUCAGCAUCGCUCAGCUAAAAAUGUCAGACGCAUGGGCCUUCCUCACUCUUAAUGUGCCUCUCCUCCUCUCCUCCUCUCUUCCUCUGGUGUCCCAGAGGAGAUAAAUCAACAAAAACAGCAGCGAGGAAUGGCACCUGCAGGCUCGGUCUCCAUGGCUGCCUGGGCUGAGUCUAUUCACCCGUGGGCCUCUCGAGGAUCGGUCUCCUCCCGUGGUCGUCUCUCCACAGCACCAGUCUGCCAUCUUGUUUUUGUCUCACUAAGCUAAGUCAUCCUAGCUUAGCAUGUGCUCUGGCCGUCUAGGGGAUAAGAAGCUGCACAUGAAACAGUUUCAUUUCAGGCUGAUCAGUUCUUCAUCGAUGCCGGAGCUGACUCCGAGGCUGUUAGUGCGCGAGCUGAAACAUGCUGUCUUUGCCAAAAAGAAACAUCAGAUCUCUCCAUCAGUGUAGCUUUGAAAACAAACAACAAAAAGCACAACAAAAAAGAGACAGAAAAGUCAAACUGGCUGUGUUUUUUUUGCUCUUUUUGCUUUGAUGUCAUUUGAGGUAAAUGUUUGUCAAAUGUCAGAGUAGUUUUUGUGAAUAUAUGAUACAAAUGUACAAAAAAAUAACAAAAAUGGAAAGUUUUAUGGUCGUGAAAAGCUUUACUUUACUGAAUUACUUUAUCAACGGAAAAGAAAAGCAGGAGAUAGAAAAGAGAAUUUUACUAAAGCUCUUCCUCAGAGCUGCUUUGUAACUGUGUCUGUAUUUGUUGGUAUAUUUCUGUUGACGUCCCUUUUCGUCAAAGGGAUCAAGAACCGACUUGGAGUGUGUGCAUUGCCUUUGACGCCCCCCCCCCCCCCCCCCCCCCCCCCGUCCCUCCAAACGUUUUGAUGACCUUUGACCUUACUCGUCUGUUUCUGCACAGUGAGACGCAGGAGUGGAUGAAAACUCUGAGGAACUCAUACCAGAGCGCAGAGCUGCUCCUCACAGCCACAGAUCUCCAUCACGCUUUCAUGGAGAGAAACAAAAACACAGACAUGAAGCUGGGGACGUCCAAGCUAUGACUGCGUUUUUGUCCCGCCUCACUCCCAAGAGGCCUUUUUCCAUUCAACAUCCAAACAUCACAGGCCUCCAUCACUGGUUUUACUGAACUGCUAGCCCGGGAAUGCACUAUUGAUUGGUUAAUGAAGAUUAUGAAUAAAGUUUCAAACAAGAGGAA